AUGUCCGAAUAUGACUUUCGCCCCGGCGGCGCACUGAAGCUGAGGAGUGGGGUCAUUGAGGGUGGUAUUGUCAAGAAGAAGAAGUCUAAGUCCAAGUCCAAAGACAAGGACAAAGACAAGACCUCGGACAAAGAUCAGACCGCAGAGGAAGAGCGAAUAAGGGAGAUUGAGUCGCUUCUGAAGGAGGAGGAAAGUAAGAAUGCUUCUCCUGCAGGAAGCAGCAGAAACUCCCCUGGAGUAGGGGGUAGUGAUAGGAAAACAGCGGCUGAGAAGAGGUUUGAGGAAGUGCAGAGGAAACGGCUUGCUGCUAAAGUGGCCAAAUUAGCCAAUAAGACCCACAAGGACCGAGUGCACGAGUUCAAUUCAAAGCUAGAGGCUCUAAGUGAGCAUCACGACAUUCCAAAGGUUGGGCCUGGAUAA